GAGAGAGCAGUUGGUGGGCCGGAAAUACGCAGGCCGGCGUGGGCUCCUGGUUGCAGCGGGGCGGCCGCGCCGCAGCAUGACCCAGUCGGUGGUCAUACAGGUCGGCCAGUGCGGAAACCAGAUUGGCUGCUGCUUCUGGGACCUGGCGCUGAGGGAGCACGCCGCGGUCAACCAGAAAGCAAUUUAUGAUGAGGCAAUAAGCAGCUUCUUUAGAAAUGUGGAUACCAGAGUGGUUGGUGAUGGUGGCAGUAUUUCCAAGGGGAAAAUUUGUUCUUUAAAAGCACGAGCUGUCUUGAUUGACAUGGAGGAAGGGGUAGUAAAUGAAAUUCUUCAGGGACCAUUGAGAGAUGUAUUUGAUAGUAAGCAGCUCAUCACUGAUAUUUCUGGCUCAGGGAAUAAUUGGGCUGUGGGUCACAAAGUGUUUGGCAGUCUUUAUCAGGAACAGAUUUUAGAGAAACUCAGAAAGUCAGCAGAGCACUGUGAUUGUUUGCAGUGUUUUUUUGUAAUACAUUCCAUGGGAGGAGGAACAGGAUCUGGACUUGGCACAUUUCUUUUAAAGGUGCUUGAGGAUGAAUUCCCAGAAGUAUACAGAUUCGUGACUUCAGUUUAUCCUUCUGGUGAAGAUGAUGUCAUAACCUCGCCUUAUAAUAGCAUGUUGGCAAUGAAGGAACUUAAUGAGCAUGCAGACUGUGUGUUGCCCAUUGACAACCAAUCUUUAUUUGACAUCAUUAGCAAAAUUGACCUCAUGGUGAAUUCUGGAAAGUUGGGUACAGCUAUAAAGCCAAAGAGUCUGGUUACUUCAAGUGCUGGAGCUUUUAAAAAGCGGCAGGAGAAACCAUUUGAUGCAAUGAACAACCUUGUGGCAAAUUUGCUGCUCAACCUAACAAGCUCUGCAAGGUUUGAAGGAUCCCUUAAUAUGGACCUUAAUGAAAUCAGCAUGAAUUUAGUUCCUUUUCCUCAACUGCAUUAUCUUGUGUCAAGCCUAACACCUCUGUAUACACUGGCAGAUGUUAACAUUCCUUCUCGAAGGUUGGAUCAGAUGUUUUCAGAUGCCUUCAGUAAAGAUCACCAGCUAAUUCGAGCUGACCCCAAACAUAGUCUCUACCUCGCCUGUGCCCUCAUGGUUAGAGGAAAUGUACAGAUUUCUGAUCUUCGCAGAAAUAUUGAAAGAUUAAAACCUUCUCUACGGUUUGUCUCCUGGAAUCAAGAAGGCUGGAAGACCAGCCUGUGUUCAGUACCUCCUGUGGGCCAUUCCCAUUCAUUAUUAGCUUUAGCAAACAACACGUGCGUGAAGCCUACCUUCAUAGAACUGAGAGAGAGAUUCACGAGGCUCUACAAAAAAAGGGCUCAUCUUCAUCACUAUCUACAAGUUGAAGGGAUGGAGGAAAGCUGUUUCACAGAAGCCAUGUCAUCUUUAUCAGCACUCAUACAGGAAUAUAACCAACUGGAUGCCACAAAAAGCAUGCCUGCAGAAGACUUACCUAGACUACGCGUAGCUGUGUGAAAAAGAAACCCCAAAGAUACAAUUUCUUUUUCUUAAUUUCACAUUUUUUGUCCCCUUACCUUUCUAUUUUAGAAUUUUUGUGAGUCAGAAAGCCUGAUGUGUGUUUUUCAUAUUGGGAAGGUUUUUUGUUUUUUGUUUUUUGUUUUUUUAAAUUUAUUUAUUUAUUUGUUUGUUUAUUUUUGGCUGCGUUGGUUCUUCGUUGCUGCUCACAGGCUUUCUCUAGUUGCAGCGAGCGGGGGCCACUCUUUGCCACGGUGCGUGGGCUUCUCACUGCAGUGGCCUCUCUCGUUGCAGAGCACGGGAUCCAGGCGCACAGGCUUCAGUAGCUGUGGCACAUGGGCUCAGCAGCUGUGGCUUGCAGGCUCCAGAGCAAAGGCUCAGUAGUUGUGGCACACGGGCUUCGUUGCUCCGUGGCAUGUGGGAUCUUCCCGGACCAGGGCUCGAACCUGUGUCCCCUACAUUGGCAGUCAGAUUCUUAACCACUGCACUACUAGGGAAGCCCUUGGGAAGGUUUUUGUCUUUAGAGUAGUUUCCAUUUAAUCACAAUUUGUUGAUGAUCCCACUGUGUGAAAUUAGCCAAGUCCUAGUGCCUUGACUUUAAACAUCUGUCUUCUAAAAAGUCGUGUUUUCUAAAAUUGAGAGAACAGAGUUCUUCAACAUUUUAUUUUAUUUAUAGUCUCAUAUUUAGGCAUUUAUACAGAGAUAAUCAUGUCUUCAAUAAAAGUCUUGUACAGAUAUAUUUUAUAUUUAUUGAUAAUUUAUGUCUUCACAUUCUGUUUAAAUUCUAACUCUUUAAAAGUAAAUAUGGGAGUAGAAGAACACAGUAUAAAUAUUUCUUUGUAAUACCCACUAACUUCAGGAAUAGAUUUUAUUGCAUCUUGAGGUUUUAUUUCUUCUUUGGGUAACCACUUGUUUGCACUCAAAAGAAUCACAAUUUACAAUUAUUUUAACUUGUAUUAAAUUAUUUUUAAAUAUAAUGGUUUUUUUAUCAAACCAGUUAAUUUUGUAACAAUAAAUGUCCAUGUUUUUAAACUAUGCUACUUAUCAGUUUUGCUUGUCCCUUUUUUUUUUUUUUUUGGCCAUGCCGCGUUGCAUGUGGGAUCUUAGUUCCCCAACCAGGGAUCAGACCUGCACCCCUUGCAUUGGAAGCGUGGAGUCUUAACCACUGAACUGCCAGGGAAGGCCCACUUGUCACUAUUUAUACAAGCAAACAGAAUAUUACUAAGCUUGAUAUUUUCUUUGAAACUUUGCAGUAAAUGACUAAUAGUCUAGUGAAAGUGUUCCAGUUACUAUAAAUCUCGUUUUAGUCU